AUGAACGAAGACAUCGUAGUGUCCAAGUCGUGUUAUGAUAAUUUCUCAGUGCCAACUCCAUGGCGUAAUUUCCAAAUCAUAGUGGAGGAUACAUCGUUCUAUGUAAACGCUGGCUGGUUAGCAGAGCUGUCGUCAUUCUUUGCUGACUACUGCUUUGGUGAAGAAGCACACAAUUCAUUGAUCAUAGAUGAUAUCAAACCUUCUGAAAUGCUCGAGUUUUUUCGUUGUAUCUUUUUUUGUCCUAUGAGGAAACCGCUCACAGUGAGAGACUGUUCUCCGUAA